AUGCCGGAGAUGAAGCUGAUGGUCAGGGCACUGCCAUUUCCCAAACUCGCAGUCGCUUUGGGAUUCACCAGAAGAUGCCUCUGGUCCAUUUCCCAGCCCCCUGAUGCCCACAGCCACUGGGGCUUGGCAGUGAUCCUCUCCCCUCCUUUGCCAGCAUUCCUCACAGCCAGUCUGAGUGUCCUGACGUCUGACGGGGGCCCCUUCGCCUCUGGUCCUGAGUGGGGAAACCCUGUGGGGGCUCCCUGCCUGCUGGGGCCCCCGCCAGCUUGUGGCAGGUUCGGUGUCCCUGCUGGGGAGAGGCCCGCGGGGCUCGGGGACGGCGUCCAGCCGGCCAGGAAGAACCAGCACGUGUCCAAUGUGUCAGUGCAGCUGGAGAUGCGGAGCCUGUGGGAGGAAUUCAACAGCCUGGGCACUGAGAUGAUCGUCACCAAAGCGGGGAGGAGGAUGUUCCCCACCUUCCAGGUGAAGCUCUCGGGGCUGGACCCGCUGGCCGACUAUGUGCUGCUCAUGGACUUCGUACCCCUGGAUGACAAGCGAUAUAGAUACGCCUUCCACAGCUCCUCGUGGCUGGUGGCUGGCAGAGCGGAUCCCGCUGCGCCCGGCCGCGUCCACUUCCACCCCGACUCGCCCGCCAAGGGGGGCCAGUGGAUGAGGCAGAUCGUCUCCUUCGACAAGCUCAAACUCACCAACAACCUGCUGGACGACAAUGGCCACAUCAUCCUGAACUCCAUGCACCGGUACCAGCCCCGCUUCCACGUGGUGUACGUGGACCCGCGCCGGGACAGUGAGCGCUUCGCCCACGAGAACUUCAAAUCCUUCACCUUCGUGGAGACCCAGUUCAUGGCGGUGACCGCCUACCAGAACCACCGGAUCACACAGCUGAAAAUCGCCAGUAACCCCUUUGCCAAGGGGUUCCGGGACUGCGAGCCAGAUGACUGGCCUAGGGCAUCAAGACCCCUACUGAGAACCUUGGCCUGCACUCGGAGGACAAGCCCCUCCUCCCAGCUGAAGGACACACAGGAGAAAGGGCUGCCGGGCCGGCGCUGUGUCAAGGGGCAGCUCCCCGCCACCCUCCUGCGAGAGGCCGCCCAGCUCCACAACCCCCCGCUCGUGCCACUCGUGGGGGCCCACGGUUUCCAGGACAACUCGGCUCCACAGCACCCUCUCCCCACAGAGCUGGGGCCCCCCCUGUACAAGCCCCUCUCCUACCACAGCGUGUACGUCAGGGCCAAGCCACGGGUGGCACCUUACCCGCUGCCUGCCAGCCUCCACCCCUUCAACAUCUACAGCGCCAGUCCCCCUGCCCUCAACUACGGGCAGCAGUGA